UUUACCCAAAAGUAAAAUAUUUGUGCAAUGUAUAUCGCCAGAUUAAAUGAAUUCUAGAGAUCCAAAUAGAAGUCAUAUCAUGUGACUGCUACAGGAGGAGAAAUGCAGAGCUCCCUUGAGUCAGUCUAAUGCCAUAUCCCUUUACAUAUCACAUAUCUGUUUACCAAAUCACUUGAUAACAAGUUAUCAGUGAGACAGCUGGCACUCUGAAUGAGCUUGAUUUUCUCAGGGGAGCAAUAGUUCGUUGUCAAUGACCUCUUUGUGCCAACAAAAGCUUCAAAUGUUUUCCUCAAAUAGACAUGCUCUUUUUUUACUCUGUUUGUGGAUGUGAGCUCCGUGGCUUCAUGAAUCAAAAAUUAAAUUUAGACCUGUCAGUGUGUGACGCCACUGAAUUAAUGUGUGAUGAAGCUGCUGGUGUAUAACUGCGCUGUCAACGCUAAAGAUGCAUUCACAGGAGUUUCCCUGGAUUAGAGGACAAGACACAAACAGUAAGGUAAUGCUCACCUAUACAUGUAGAUUGACUCUUCAAGUGAUGGGAUUUGAGCAAACUAGAAAAAUCUGAAUAUUCUGAAGCAAAAAACAUGCAUUCAAGAGGAAAAGAGUUCCCAAUUUGUGCUUUACAAUGUAUGUGUCCAGUCAGUGAGAAGAUAUCUGCAUGGAGAGUGUACGCACUGAAAACAUACUAACUGGGGAGGAGGAUGAUACAGAGGACGACCAAGAAAGACAAGACGGAGAUAAAGUUGUAGUGUGUAAGAAAGCCUGGGAGCCCAGUGUGCUGUCCACUAUUGGGAAAGAGACUCACCAUUUCACUGGUCAUGAGAUUAAAAUCUGGGAAUCGCUCGACUCAUUUGGAUCCAUAAUCUGGCCAGCAGCACUGGCUCUUUGUCACUAUCUUGAAUCUAAUAAAGCAACGGUUGAUCUUCUCGAAAAGGCGGUGCUGGAGAUCGGAGCCGGCACUGGUCUUGUGUCCAUUGUGGCCAGUCUAUUGGGCGCCUGGGUGACGGCAACUGACCUGCCUGAAGUCCUUGGGAACCUGAGAUGCAACCUGUCGAGAAACACAAGGGGUCGCUGCAGAUACACACCUCAAGUGGCAGCGCUCUCAUGGGGUCAUGACCUUGAGAAGACCUUCUCUCAUUCAGUCUACAAAUAUGACUAUGUAAUGGCAGCUGAUGUGGUGUAUCAUCAUGACUUCCUUGCAGAAUUACUGGUCACCAUGCAGCACUUCUGCCAGCCAGGCACAACCCUCAUCUGGGCCAAUAAGAUCCGUUUUGAAUCCGAUCUGGUGUUUACAGAUAACUUCAAAAAAACCUUCAACACCAUCCUGCUGGAAGACAACGGAGAGGUGAAGAUUUAUUCUGCCACCAUGAAAGAAGAGAGUGGACUAUUGAUGUCAGAAGUAACCAAGGAGGUUGUGAUGCAAGAGAACAAGGUGGAAAUGGAGUCAAAGCAAAUGUCUGGUGAGAUGAGACAGGAAUCAGAGAUUAUUAAUCUAGAGAACAAUUGUGAGGAAACACAGAAGCAAAAGAUGAUGGAAAAUGGAACAUUCAUGGCAAGGAAAGUUCUGACAGAUCAAGCUUUUAUAGAGAUUCAAGAUCAUGGACAGCAGGAAAUGGAAAAGAAGCCACAAUUUAGGGAAGCCUUGGUAACAGGGCAAGGUUAUAUGCAAAAUCAGGUGGAAACACUGAAGUCAGAAGAUGGACAUCUGAACAACAAAGAAGAGGGGGAAGAGGAAGACAAUACAAACUGUGAAACUGAAACUGAGGAGAGUGAAGAUGCUGAGAGCUUCACUGAGAUGGAUUCAACAGAUGAAACAUUUACAGAACAGAAAUCUGAGGAAAGUAGCUCAGAGAAUGUUAAACAACAGGACUUCACGAGAUCGUGGGUACCCACUGUUUACUACAGCCUUGAGAAAGAGAUUCACUAUUUUCUAGGACAGAAAAUCACAAUUCAGGAGUCCAUCGACUCGUAUGGUGCUACCAUAUGGCCAGCGGCCCUUGCACUUUGUCGAUUCUUGGAAACACCACAGGGCCGACAACAGAUUAAUUUACUCGACAAAUCAGUACUUGAACUUGGAGCUGGAACCGGUUUACUUUCAGUUGUAGCCACACUGUUGGGUGCCAAACUAACAGCCACGGAUUUACCAGAAAUUCUGAGUAACCUGACAUGCAACCUCAACAGGAAUACAAGAGGGCGCCGGAGACACGAGCCGCUGGUGAAAGAACUAUACUGGGGUCACAUGCUAGAGGAGAACUUUCCCAAAUCUACACACCAUUAUGAUUAUGUGUUGGCAACAGAUGUUGUCUACCACCACAACUACUUGUCUGAGCUGUUAGUCACCAUGCGUUAUUUCUGCCAGCCAGGAACGACUCUCGUCUGGGCUAAUAAAAUCCGCUACGCCUCCGAUCUGGGCUUCAUUGAUGAUUUCCAAACAUCUUUUAAUUCCACGAUGAUCAUUGAUCUGGAUGAUGUGAGGAUUUAUGUAGCAACCAGCAACACAUCAGAGGUGGAGGAUGACCAAGAGACGAAUGAGGAAGAGGAGGACAAGGAAGAAAGCAAGAAGAAAGACUAAUGUGGUAUUAGAGAGGGUGCACAGGAUUUGCAAGAAUGCACCAAACAUGAUCAAGAACUUGAGUAAAAACUGCAAGACACUGGGGAACCGAGACCUGCUAGGGAGAAAGCGAACAGUGCAGAGGAAAAGGAAGCUCAUGUUGAAAAUGUGUUUGAGCAGAAACAGAUACAUGCAGAAUUCCAGGACUGUGGAAGAUCCAAAGAGGAAGAAUGAUGGAGACAACACAAAGGAUGGGAAGACUUUACGUAACUGUGAAACUGAGAGGAUAACAUUAAAUACAGAGAUCAUUACGAGAAAUCACAACGCCACAAGGACACAAAUGAAGCGAAUGAAGGGGAAGAAUAAGUUGGAAAUGGAGAAAAAGAGGAUUAAUAAUGUGGUGAGAAAUCAAGGCAACAACAAAGAUAUGAAACAAAUUAUGAAAGAUCUAAAAAGAUAACAGAUGAAGAUCAGGAAUUGGACGAGAAAACUUCUGAGGAAUAUAAUUCCUUGCUGUAAGACAAUAAAGAUGUCCCAAGUGAGUCUUUGAUAUGCUAAAGCCAGUUUAGUUCUUAUAAGAAAAGGGCAAACUCAUCUAAUAGGCAGGUUCGUUAGGAAAGCAUUUGCUUUAUGUACCACUACAGUAAAUUCCAUCAAAUCCAAGAUGGUGAAGUUUUCCCUUUUGAUGAUUUUCUCGCUAGUCACAAAAUAAUAUUACAAACUCUCUGACACUCUACACGCAGGGGUGUCAAACUCCGUUCCUGGAGGGCCACAGCCCUGUAGAGUUUAGCUCCAGCCUUGUACUAACUUGCCUCCUUGUAAUCUUCAAGCACUCCUGAAAACCUUAAAUAGCUGCUUCAGGUGUGUUUAAUUAGGGUUAGAGCUAAACUCUUCUGGACUGUGGCCCUCCAGGAACUGAGUUUGACACCUGUGCUCUACAGUCUCCCAGAGCGACCUGCGGUGAAACCGAUAACGGUUUUACAAGGCACUUGCGCUCUGUAUGUUCCUGGAGACAAAUCCACUCCUAUUUAACUCUAAAAGUAAAGCUGUGCUAGAGCUCAGGGCAGGUCACGGUCCACCAGCAGAACCUUCUCGAUGACCUCAUGGUCGCAAUGCGCAGAGGUGGGUAGUAACGUGCUACAUUUACUCUGUUACAUUUACUUCAUUAAAUUUUGGGGGAAAAAUUUACUUUUAGAGUAGGUUUAAAAGUGGGUGCUUUCUACUCUCACUCAAGUAAAUUUCUAAUGAAAAAAAUUGAAUUUGCUUCGAUACAACGGGCAAUGUUCCUGUCGUUACAUUACGGGGUUUCAUUUUAAUUAAUGCAUAAUUUAUUGAGAGAUUACUGAAUGGGACUUUUACGACAGUGGAUGUUCACACAGCUGCGUGCGCUGUCACAGACGGUCACUCAAGCGGAGUCCAUCACUGCUGCAGCAUCGUGCUCUCUAACCAAGUGAAACACUUUCUUCGCUCCGCACAGUGAAAAUAGAAAAGUUUUGUCAUGCUGUGCCUUCAUUUAACACCAAGACAAGCGGAUAAUUCAAGAUUAAAAUUGCAGCUCCAACGCGGACUUUUCUGCGUCAUGGUGAUUGUCAUUUUCAGGGUGAUUUGGUAAAUAUAGGCUCUUAUGACAUCAGUUUUUAAGUGUACAUUUUAAAAUCACUGCAGCAAUGUAUCAGUGCGCUUUGUCCCGCGUGUCAUGAGCAGUAUUUACGCAUUUACCCCGCGCCCCCGCAGCUACUUCGGGCUGAUUAAGGCAGGGAAACAUCCUUAACAGGUGGAUUUAACUGCCUACUGUAUAAAUCAUCCUAGUUAAGUGUAAAUGCUGAUGGCGUGACUGACAACUGGAGCGUGAACAGACAGCAUUUCUGUGUCAUUUGUUGUUCCAAACCCGUGUGACCUUCUGUAUUCUGUGGAACACAAAAGAUGUUAGACAGAAUGCUAGGGACCGACAGUCUCAGUCAUCAUUCAUUUUCAAAAUAUGGAGAAAAAAAACACAUUCACUGAAAGUAAACAGUGACUCAGGAUAACAUUCUGUCUAAAAUCUCCUUGUUGUGUUGCAUGGAAGAAAGAAAGUCAUACGGGUUUUGGAACAACAUGAUGAUGAAUGCUGACAGAAUUUCCAUUAUUAAUAAUAAUAAUAAUAAUAUUUCUGUAAUACAUGUUAAAUGUGUAUUAUGUAAUGGAGUAUAGGGGAGUUAACGUCCAUUGUGUCAUUUGUGACUCGAGUAUUCUUUUAAUUGUAUACUUUCUUACUCUUACUCAAGUAAUUACUUAUAUUAGUACUUUUACUUCUACUUGAGUAAUUAUAUUUUUUUAAGUAAUUGUACUUUUACCUGAGUACAGUUUUUGGCUACUCUACCCACCUCUAACCAUGCGCCACUUCUGCCAGCCGGGCACGACUUUUAUGUGGGCCAACAGAGUGUGCUCUCAGACCGAGGUGAACUUUACACAAUGUUUCAAGAAGGCUUCCCAAAGCCUUCUUGAAGAUCUUCAUGGCUGUGGCACACUGAAACCAUGUUCACACUUCAGACAAUUGCAAUUAGUUUUACAAACACAACCUUACAAUUGACAGUUAUCAGCAAGCGAGUCAGACCUUAGUCUCAGCCUCAGACGGCACGCUCACAGAUCACCCACAGUCCGUGCACUAACCGUCUGAUGCUUAUAGCACACAAAACUGCAAAACGCUUUCUCAGACAAUCAGCGAAAAUCUGACUGGCUGGUUUGAUGGAACUCCCGCAAGGAGAUGCACACAGAACGUUUUAUCUGUCCGCCUGGAAGCCGAGUUGCGUUCACAAGGUUCCGCGUUGACAGAAUGAGUGCUUUUGAGGAUGAAAAAAAAUCAUAGAAAUUUCCCAAGAUUGCCAGGUUAAUGAUAUCAAAUCUUAAAAGAUAUUCAGAGUUUCGUUUGAGGCACAUAGCUGAAAGUAAAGCUGAUAUCAACGAGCAGAGCUGCAUUUUCUGCUUUGUUUAAACAUAGUCAUAACAUAUGACUGUGAAAUUCUCUCUAAUGAGGUUUUCUGUGCUGUAAUUAGACUACAGAGACUCGUGCACCUUUAUAUAAAUGAUCUAUGUCCCUAUGUUGGUCUUUUAUUAUGGUAUGAUACAUCUCCAAUAACCCCACCCCUUAACACCCCGUAACAACAAAACUGAAUGUGAUUGGGUCGCUUUAGAUUUCAGUUAGAUGGCUUUUCCUGUCUAAAUGGGCAGUUCUUGGCCAACUGAAGCGGCUAUAGACUCCAGAACUAUGCUGCAGUCAAAGGUCUGGCUACGUGAGCCCAGUCAGACCUUAACUUCAGUCAAAGUCAUAAUUUUAAAUAUAAUAAAGAUGGAGGCAUCCAAGACAUCAUCUAGGGCUUUAUUUAACAACUGGAUGCAGAUAGUAGUCGAUUGGUCCAAUUCUAUCUUGCCAACUCUUCAUAUAUCGACAAUGCCACAUGACGACAAAUGUGUCAUACUGAAGGAUGCACAAAGGCUUUUGUUCACACUGCCAGCCAAAAUAUGAUUUUUAGACAUAUCGGACUCAAAUAAAAUAAGUUAUUAGUACUCUGAACAGCAACUCGGUUUUGGCUGAUUUGAUUCGGACGGAUUGAAUAUUUGUCAAAUGACAGUGUGAGCAGUCAUUCCUCAAGAUGUGUUUUGAAAAAAAAAAUCCAACAAAGUCAUGCAGAGAGUUUGUUACUAUAAUACUUUACACAAACAUACAAUAAAACUCAAAUGCAAUUUUACAAAAAUAUUAAAUAAAGUGUGGGCAUGUUACUACAUAAUUAUUAAACAAUUUUUUAAAGAGUUUGGGGAGGAUUGUGAACUCAAGGGUAGCUCUUUUAACUAGAAUAUACAUGUUCUAUUUUAUUGCAUUUCUUCAUUAACAAAUAAAAUGUAGCAAAAUGUUACAACCCCAAUUCCGAAAAAGUUGGGACAGUAUGAAAACUGCUAAUAAAAACAAAAAUAAGUUACAUUCACCCUUUGCUUUAUUGAAAGCACAACAACUACACAUACGAUGUUUUACCGUUUUUAUAUAUAUAUGUAAUUUCAAAUCAGAUGAUUGUAACACGCUCCAAAAAAGCUGAGACAGUCGAGUGUUUACCACUGUGAAACAUCACCAUUUCUUCUAAUAACACUUAUUAAGCAUUUGGGCACUGAAGACACAAGUUUGUUAAGUUUAGAAAGUGGAAUGUUCUCCCAUUCAUCCAUUAUGCAGGUCUUCACCUGUACAAUAGUACGGGGUCUUCAUUGCCGUAUUGUGCGCUUCAUAAUGUGCCACGCAUUCUCAACUGGAGAUGGUCAGGACUGCAGGCAUGCCAAUCUAGCACCCGCACUCUCUGCUCACACAGCCAUGCACUUGAAAUCUGGGCAGUAUGUGGUUUAAAGUCGUCCCUGGAAAAGAUGGUGCUGGAUGGCAGUAUAUGCUGCUCCAAAAUUUGUACAUAUCUGUCUGCAUUAAUGGUGUUCUCACAGAUCUGUGAGUUACCCAUGCCAUGGGCAAUGACACACCCCUGGCCCAUACAGACACUGGCUUUUGGACCUGAUGCUAAUAACAGUUUGGAUUGACCUUUUCCUCUUUGUCCCAGAGAACACAACGGCUGUGUUUUUCAAAAACGUUUUGAAAUGUGGAUCAAAAAACACAGUUCCACUGUUCUGCUUUCCAUCUAAGAUGAGACCGAGUCCAGAGAAGUCAGCAGCGCUUCUGGACAGUGUUGAUGUAUGGCUUCUCCUUUACAUAGUUAAGUCUUAACUUGCAUCUGUGGAUGCAGCGGUGCAUAGUGUUGACUAACAAAGGUUUACUAAAGUAAUCCCAAGCCCAUGUUCAUGAUAUCCGUUACAGAUGAAUGAUGUUUUUUAAGACAGUGACGUCUGAGGGAUCAGAGGUCACGCGCAUUCAGAAGUGGUUUUCGUCUUGCCCUUUACGUGCCGAGAUUUGACCAGAUUUCUUGAAUCUUUUAACUAUAUUGUGCACUGUACAGGGUGAAAUGCCCCAAAUCCUUCCAAUUUGUCUUUGGGGAACAUUGUUCUCAAAGUGCUGGAUUAUUUGCUGAAGCAUCUGUUGGCAAAUUGACAAGUCUCGAAUGAUUCUUGCUCUUGAAGGUCUAGGCUGUUUUUGGAGGCUCCUUAUAUACUAUGACAUGAUUGCCUCACCUGUUUAACAUCAUCUUGUUAUUUCAACUCGUGACAUGUUAUUAGUCUUAAAUGGCCCCUGUCUCAACUUUUUUGGAGCGUGUUGCAAUCAUCUGAUUUGAAAUUAUUGUACAUUUUCAAAAAAACUAUGAAAUUCACAAGGUAAAACAUCAUGUGUCGUUGUAAUUUUUCAAUUUGGCAAAGAGUGAAUAUAAUUUACAAAUCACUCUUUUUUGUUUUUAUUAGCAUUUUUCAUACUGUCCCAACUUUUUCGGAAUUGGGGUUGUAGUACAUAAACAAAGUUUAACAGUAUAAAUGUAAAACACUGAAAACUGUGCUUACCUUGUGGUGAUGUAGCAUGUGUUAUUUCACAGAACUGAACAACAGCUAAAAGAUUACUUUAUUGAUAAAAAGGAGUAAUUAUGCAUAUGGCAUAUGGCAUGAAAAAAAAAGUAUUUUUUUAAGAAUACGUAAAUUUUGUAAUAAAACAUUUGUAACGUCUGUUGUUGUCAAUAAUAAAGUUACAAGCCUGUGUGUAAAGAAAAAAAAAAAAGAGCAAAAUAUUUGUAUUUCCAGAUCAUUUUAUUCAGAAUCUUUGUCAAUGACAUUAUUCAGUACAUUUACUGUGAUAACAAAAUAACUGCCUGUUACUUUCAAAAUGUCUCACGAAGAGUUAAUCAAUAUAAAAUAACAUCUACAUACUUUUAUGCAUGAAAUUAAAAUGACUUUAAAAUAUUGGCACUACCUAGAAUCAUUUUAUACUUUAUAAAUACAAGACAUCCAUAAAUAUAUCUGCAGAUAUUCAAGGGUCUUUGAUACUUUGAAUGUGAUAUGUGACUUCCUGAAGAAACUCAGAGGUGGAUGGAGAUGGGUUUGAAGAUGGUGAAUAUUUAAGGCCAUUAUUGUGAAAGAACCUGUCGUUUGAAAAGCCAUGAGCCCUAAACAUCAACAAACAACACAACCGAACGCACAAACAUGAAAUAAACUAGAAAAAAAAUGCAAGAACAGAGAUAAAGAUUGCAGCACCGAUUCAUUUCUAAGCCAAAAACAAAAGCCCUCUGAGGAACAGUUGAAAUUAAAAAAGCAGGAGGCAUCACGUCAGGAGGUAUUUGUUCCUUUGACACUUGUGUAUACAUGGAAAAAUAUAGCAUGAAUUGCUGGCUUCAUUCCUUUUGAAAAGUUCCUCACUUUUAAAGGUCCCCCUUUCACAAGAGAAAGGAGAGAUGAUCUACUGCUAACGUCCAAACUCUUUAUGAAAGUGAUGCGUUGAGAUACACAAGAUGAAAAUCCACAUUUAGACAAUACAAAAGUGUGACGCCCUCUUUUUCGCAUACACACCGAAACGACAAAUUCAGAUAAAAAAUAAUUUGCGUUCAGACUCUGAAAAACAGAAAACUAAACAUGGACGACUUUCAUUAAAGGGUUAGUUCACCCCAAAAUGAAAAUUCAGUCCUCACCCCUGUGUUGUUAUAACCCUAUAUGACUUUCUUUCUUUUUCUUAACACAAAGGGAGAAAUUGUGGAUAAAUGUUGUGCUCAGUGAUGUCAUACAAUGGCAGUUUAUGGUGACCACCUCUUCAAGCUUCAAAAGAACACAAAAGUAUAAUUCAGAAGUCUAAUAAAUUAUUCCAUGAGACUCAUGAUUGUUAUGAAAGUAUACGAUAAGAUUUGAUGAGAAACAAACUGAAAUCUGAAUGUAUUAUUUAGUGAAAAUGUUCACUGACCGUUGAUCUCCUGUGUGCGUUCAUGAUAGGGCACAAGAGCAACAGUUCACGCAGCGCCCUCGCGACAUUGGGGCGUUCAAGCGAAAACACCUUUUGUUCAUCUAAAAACAGAUCCUUCACAGCAAUAAUGACAACAGAACACAACACAAUUGCACAAAACAGAGAACAGAACUUACUAAACAUGUCUGAAGAGUUUGUUGUUGAAGAAUUGAUGCAUUUCUAUGCCCAGCCUUGUUUUUUUGAGUAUUUGGAAAUCAAACAGAAACAUAGAGGAGCUACAGGCAGCCACAGUCACACCGUGUCCUAACCUGACGGCAAACGACACACGAUAAAAGGUAUAUUUUCUAUGGUAAUCAGAGUUUUUGUCCUAACCAGCAGUGACGAGUGACGGUACAUUCUAUCGAUCACUUGUUUUCUAUUUUCGGCAUCAGGCGGGGAACUCCAUCCACUGUGAACUGGCACCAGUCCAAAAACUCUCUAAAAAAUAAGGCUGGGCAUAGAAAUGCAUCAAUUCUUGGACUACAAACUCUUCAGACAUGUUUAGUAAGUUCUUUGCAGCUGUGUUGUGUUCUGUUGUCACUAUCACUGUGGAGGACCCGUUUUUAAAUAAAACGAGUUUUCACUUGAACGCCCCAAUGUCAUGAGGAGGCUGUGUGAACUGUUGCUCUCGUGCUUGAAGAUGUG